AUGGCAAAAGCUCAAUUUCGUUUGAUUCGAAAUUUAAGCUUUCGUCAUCGGGAAGCGGUUUUAAGGAUACGACUAAUCAUCACUCACGAGAGGAAUGCGCGGUUUUUUGCGCAGGGUGGCGCCCACUGCGGAUGCCCUCCGCCGUGUCCGUCCCCCGUGGACGAUCCGGUGUGCGGAUCGGACGGUGUGACGUACGCCAACGAGUGCGAGCUGCGGCGGGCAUCGUGCCGUCACCAGCGGGCCAUCGCGGUGGCGUCCCGGGGUGCCUGCGACCUGUGCCGCGGAGUGGGAUGCGAGCUGGGCGCCCGCUGCGAAAGCGGCGUGUGCGUGUGCCCGCGCGACUGUCCCGAAGGGCUUGAGCCUGUGUGCGACGGCCGCGGCCAGCCGUACGCCAACGAGUGCCAGCUGCGCAGGGCCUCGUGCCAACAGGGCCGCGACCUGGGGCCACCGAGGCCCUGCGCACCGAUCGACCAGGACCCGGACGGGGGCAGCGGUGACGGUUGCACUUGCCGCCACGGAGCGGUGUGUGCGCCCAACGGAGACUGCCAGUGCGACAUACACUGCGAUGCGGUGAGCCCCGGUACCGCGCGAGUGUGUGCUACGGACGGCUUCUGGUACCCGAGCAGCUGCCACGUGCAACAGGAGGCCUGCCGCCGCCAGAAGGAUAUUAGACCCGCCGAAGGGGCCGAGUCGUGCGCCGGUGGCAAGAAGGGGCCCAAGACGUGUGCUCAGAGUGCCUUUGGCUGCUGCUCAGACGGAGUGACGCCCGCACUCGGCGUUCACCAGGCAGGAUGCCCCAGUGUGUGCAACUGCAACCGGCUUGGCUCGCUGGCAGCUACAUGCGACGCGCUGAGCAGCCAGUGCGCUUGCAAGCCAGGCGUCGGUGGCCAACGGUGCGACCGUUGCCUGCCGGGCUACUGGGGGCUGCACCGCAUCGCCGACGGGGUCAACGGCUGCUCGCCCUGCCAGUGCUCGCCGCUGGGAUCGGUGCGCGAUGACUGCGAACAGAUGACCGGCCGCUGCGUCUGCAAGCACGGCGUCCAGGGCAUGAAAUGCACCGAGUGCACCAAUCCCGAGGCACAGCUUGGCAGCCAAGGCUGCGCUUCGUCAUCUCAGUCCACCUGCGAGCAGUGCACGGGAGGAGAUGAGGAAGGCGGGCCCGUGUGCGGUUCUGACGGCAACACUUAUGCUUCGGCCUGCCAGCUACGCCAGUUCGUGUGCCGCCUGCAGCGAAACUUGACCGUGCGAAGCCCGGGGCCAUGCGAGGAGGCUCUCUCGCCUACGGCCGGACCCGUUCGAAGGUCCACUGCCCACAGGGACGCCGGUCUCGAGUUCCCGGGCUGGCUCGAAAGUGGCCUCGACCCACUGUUUCCGCCGCUGAGUACAAGACCGACGGCAGCCACGGACGAGCCCCAGGAAGGUCGUCCCCCGGUGGAUGAGGAAGACAUCAGGGGAGACGAGGAGCGAGCACCGCCGGAGUCCCCGUCGCAGCCACUCCGCGUGCCGCAGUUUUCGGGACGCUCUUUCCUCGAGCUGCAUCGCCUGCAGGCUUACACGGGUCUGUCGCUCGAGCUGGAGCUCAAGGCGGACGCGCCUGACGGGCUGCUCCUGUACAAUGGCCAGACCACCUCCGGCGCCGGAGACUUUGUGUCGCUGGCUCUGCGGGAUGGACACCUCGAGUUCCGGUACAAUCUCGGCUCGGGCCCUGUGCUGCUGCGUGCGCCCAAACCGCUCACCAUGGGCCGCUUCCACCGGGUGGUCGCCAAGCGCUACCUCAAGGACGGCUUCCUUACGCUGGACGGCGAGGCAGACAUCCGCGGUCGCUCGGGGGGCCUUCUGCAGUCUCUAGACCUCGCCGAAAACCUGUUCGUCGGCUGGCUGCCGGGACCGCGGGGUCUGGGACCACCAGCCGGGGUCUUGGACAACGUGGGUGGCGUGGAGCACGGUUUCCGAGGCUGCCUGCGACGGCUGCGUCUGGGAAAACGCGACGUCCGCCUUUCAGGCGCGUCGCGGGAUGUGUUGCGCGCAGUGCGCCUUCAGGAGUGCGGCCCACCGUGCGGACCUUGCCUUAACGGCGCAACCUGCCUUGACCACGGACCGGGAAACUACAGUUGUCUCUGCCCGCCGGGAUUUCAGGGUGGCCAGUGUGAGCGUCCCCGGCGUCGUGCCUGCGAGCCCGACCCUUGCGGCUUGGGAGCGUCGUGCCUUGCACGCGGGAGCGCCUUCUCCUGCCGAUGCCCUGCGGGCCGCAGUGGCCGCCUGUGCGAGGGCCGAGCGGCGGUACCGGACUUCGCGACCGAUGGCUACCUAGAGCUGCCGCGCUUGCACAACGUGGGUCAGGCCUUCUCCCUCGAGCUGUGGUUCCUCACCAGGGCUCCACAGGGUCUCUUGCUCUACAACGGCGGAGGAUCUUCUGGCCGAGGUGACUUCCUCGCACUGCGACUUGAAGCCAGCCGUGUCCAAUUUCGAUACGACUUGGGCUCCGGAGCAGCAAAUGUUUCGUCUCCCAAUGAGGUCACUCUGAACCAAUGGCACGUGGUGCGUGUGACGCGAACCCGUCGAGAAGGAUCCUUACAACUUGAUGAUGGACCCACGGUGCACGGAGAAUCGAGUGGCCCGCUGAGCGAACUAAACCUGGAGCAGCCGCUGUUCCUUGGCGGACUGCCGCCGGAAGCCGCGAUGAGCGCCGACGCGGGACCCCGCUCGCCCGGUCUGGACGGGGCGCUGCAGCGUCUGGUGCUCAACGGGGACGCCUGGGCUGACCUCGUAGCACGGGCGGUAGCCUCGGAACGCGUCUCCGAGCAUCGGGGUCCGCCGUGCAUGGGCGGUGGGCCAGCGGGGCCGUGCCUCAACGGAGGGAUCUGCCUGCCCCAGCUUGCCGCCCAUUCGUGCCUGUGUCCGGCGCGUUUCGGCGGAGCACUGUGUGAGCUCGCCUUCGACGAGGCCCAGAGGAGACCAGUAGACUUUCGGGGAACCUCGUUCUUACACUUCAGACACGGCUCAAGAGAGCCUGGCGUUGACGAAGAGCCGUUAGGCGGUGCCCCCGAGAACGAGGUUGAGAUUCGCUUCCGGAGCCGGGAGCCUCGCGGCCUGCUGCUCUGGACGGGUGGCCGGGGAGACCACAUGGCGCUGGCUCUGGACCAAGGCCGGCUGCUUGUGUCGUACGACCUAGGCGCUCGACGACAGGAAUUGUGGUCCGAGUCGCGAAUUGACGACGGCCGCUGGCACACAGCGCGGCUACAGCGCCAGGGUCGGCUGGCAACGCUUGUGGUAGACGGUGCAAAGCCGUUGACCUCGAAUGCUGCUCCUGGUGCCACACAGCUCAACACUGACGGGCUGCUGUGGCUUGGCGGAUGCCCCAAGUUGCCCCCCGGGCUUCCGGCAGCGCUCUACUUAGGCUUCGUGGGCUGCAUACACGAGGCGACCGUAGACGGGCGCGAGCUGGCGCUUGCAGGCCCUCAGUGCGCAGACCCCAUCACCUGAAGCCGCCGUGCACGAAGUUCCUGAGGCGCUUACAACCAGGCGACGACAGAACGCUCCAACAGAAACAAGCGUAGCUGCGGCGCCCAUAAACGUUACGAGUGUUUUGCUUUCAGCGAUAUCAAAAAUCCAUCAAGCGCUCGUAGCGUCAAAACGCGCUGAAACCAUUAUGCUGUCGUGCAAAGCGCCCCUUUGUCAUUGAGGCUUGGAAUGCACCGCUCCCAACACUGUCGUCAAGUGGCCACACUGUACAAUGACAUUACAUAGAUAUACAUGCAUGCGCAAGUAAAGCAUGCAUCUAGCUAUGCGCCACGUGUGCACGGUUCGUUAACAAGGUGUAACCAUUGUUCUUUUUAUCACUUAUAGUGAAUAAUUAUGGCGACACUUGUCAUUGCGGCUCCUUCACAAUUAACACGCAUUUGUCUUUCUUUUUUUUUCUGCUAGACACGUGGCUUUGAGCAGGGCGAUCUUCUUGCGCACGGCUAGGGAGCGCAACUUGAGCACGGAUUAGCCCUGAUAAGAAAUGUUUAUGGGUGGCCCUGAGUCUUCCCGUGCCUUGCUCGCCUAGGUUCAGACCUGAGGUGUCGCUGUCACAGUCUUCCAGAAACGUGCCUCUUCCCUUGUGCGGGUUACUCAUUAAAGCGACAUGCUGGCCGAAAGUUGUCCUCGAUUGAUUUAGGUGCUGCUGACCACCUAUUGCCAUGGCACUUACGGGCUCUUCAAUGCGACGGCGAAGAAGUGACGUUGUUUUUCACAAUCCCUGUCUUCGCCGAUAAUAAAAACUGUGGUG